UCAAUGAUAAAUACAUACCUUGAAUGGAUUUGGAGAUUAAAGGAGUGGUCACUUCUCCAAGGACCCAAACUCAACUGUUCUCUGGAAGAAAGAAUGCAUUCCAACAAGGAUGGACAACCCAGAACCCCUGCCAACCUGUGGUCCCACAACUUGAUUUGGGAAGCCUUGUUGACUCUGAUGAUGAGGAUGAUUUUUCAUAUGCUCCACUUAGUGCAGUGCAUACUUAUUCUAAUCCACCAAAGUCAUCUCCUUUUGGUUGGGUUAUGCUGUGUCAAAUGCCACAUAAUCAGCAGAAAUUACAGUCUAUAGAACAGGACAUAAUACCUGAAAAUUUGCCAGCACCAAGCAGCAAAUAUAAGCAAAAAUAUCAGCAAUAUGAAACUGAAGUGAAAGAGGGCUAUAAACAGUAUAGUCAGAGAAAUGCAGAAAAAGCAAAAUCACAUAUCACACGUCAACAGACUCCAAGAAACAAGACAGAUAAAAGGUGUGAUCAAGGUGAAGAAGCCAGCAUGGAUGACCUUACAAUUUUGGAUAGGAAAGCCCUCUUACAGCUAGGUUAUGCAGACAACCCUUACCACGCACAACAUAGCGCAAAGAAAUCAGACGCAGAAAUUGUGGCUGCAGAGAAGAAGAAGCAGGCUGUUGCAGAGCAAAUGAUGAUAGACCACUUAUCUAGGGCUGUCAUCAGUGAUCCAGGACAAGAUUUAAACAUUGGCAAAGAAGAAAGUGAUCAUAUCCUUCCAGAUUCAAAGAUGGUGCCUCUUCGACUCAGGAAAAGAACACUACAUGAAACAAAGAUAAGAACCAACUCUACAUUAACUGAAAAUGUACUUUCUCAUAAAGUACAAUUUGAUGGUAGGAUCCUAUCAAGAAAUGGACGUGAUGCCUGCAGAGAGCUGGUUGGGUUCUUCUUUGUGCAUGACAAGUCCCUUACAAUGUAUGAAUAUCGACAAUUUGGGAAAAAUAGAACAAGUGUGCUUCCUUUUAUUCAAAAAAACAUUUAUAGUCAUCAGUAUGGACGAAGAAAAGGAAAACAAUACCAACUUGGUGAUUUUUAUAUCGGUGCAACCUUGACAUUUUUGAGCGCUAAUCAUCCCAGUCUUCCCAAAAGCAUGAAAGAAAAUAUAUUACUUAGGCUUCGAAUCACAAAUAUUGACCAAAUAGCUUUGGAUUCUCUGAAGCCUGCUUCUGUGGAACAUGAGGAAGAUAUAAUCUGUCAAGAAGCCAACGACAGACGGGUCUUCAAGGCUAUUCAAGAUGUGCUGAGAGAAAACCUACAUAAAAGAGGUGUUCGUAUUUUGACUGGAUUGGGAAAAUACUUUCAGCAAUUGGACAAGGAAGGAAAUGGACUUUUAGACAAGGCAGAUUUUCAACAAGCUAUAAAAGUAUUUCACUUAACAGUGUCUGAAAAGGAUUUUGAGUCUUUAUGGCUAAUUCUGAAUGACAUUAGCAAUGGCAAGGGCAAGGUUGAUUAUGGAGAAUUCAAACGUGCCACAAUUGGUGAAAUGAAUGAAUACAGGAAAUCAUUCGUUCGAAAGGCCUUUAUGAAACUGGAUUUCAACAAAACUGGCAUUGUGCCUAUGAUAGACGUAAGAAAAUGUUAUUGUGCGAAGAAGCAUCCUCAAGUAAUUUCAGGUCAUUCCACGGAGGAAGAAAUCAAAUCAUCUUUUCUAGAAACAUUAAAAGGUGCCUGCAGCAAAUCUGAUGAAGUGUCAUAUGGUGAAUUUGAAGAUUACUAUGAAGGCCUAAGUAUAGGAGUAGUAGGAGAUGAAGAUUUUGUUAACAUCUUACGUACUCCGUGGGGAGUUUAGUUGUUAAUACUGUGUACAUCAACACUGAGCAUUUUAUAGAAGAGAGAAGUUUAUGAGAAGUAUGGUCAAACCCUGGAAUAUGCUUUUUUAGGAUUAUUUUUCUU